AUGGAGGACUACUUGAGAAAAAACUUCGACGUCGAACCAAAACGACCUUCCAACGAGGCCCUCAGGCGCUGGAGAGAUGCCGUCUCCGUCGUCAAGAACCCUCGCCGCCGCUUCCGCAUGGUCGCCGAUCUCGCCAAGCGCGCCGAAGACGAUAAAAAGCGCAAGAAACUCCAGGAAAAGAUACGAGUAGCUCUUUAUGUGCAAAAAGCAGCAUUGCAAUUCAUCGAUGCUGGUAAAGAAGCUCGUGGAUACAGCCUUUCCAAACAAGUUAGUGAUGCUGGUUUUAGCAUUUCACCUGACGAGCUUGCAUCAUUUGUGCGAUCCCAUGAUAAUAAGGGUUUGGAAGCACGAGGGGGAGUUGAAGGAGUAGCAGGAAAUAUAUCAGUAUCCUUGAAAGAAGGUGUCGUGUCAAGCAAGAUACCCGGUAGACAAGAUGUAUUUGGCCUCAACCGAUUUAUGGAGAAGCCUUCUAAAGGCUUUUGGAUGUUCGUCUGGGAAGCCAUACAAGAUUUAACUCUAAUCAUCCUUAUGGUUUCUGCUGUGGUCUCUAUCGGCGUUGGCAUUGCAACUGAAGGGUGGCCAAAGGGUAUGUAUGAUGGGUUGGGUAUAAUACUCAGCAUCUUGUUGGUUGUGAUGGUCACUGCAAUCAGUGACUACAGGCAGUCUUUGCAAUUCAAAGAACUGGACAAGGAGAAAAAAAAUAUAAUGAUUCAGGUAACUAGGGAUGGACGCAGACAGAAGGUUUCUAUCUACGAUUUGGUAGUUGGAGAGGUUGUUCAUCUUUCAAUUGGAGAUCAAGUUCCAGCUGAUGGCCUUCUCAUAUCAGGCCACAGCUUACAAAUCGAUGAAUCAAGCUUGUCAGGUGAGAGUGAGCCGGUGGACAUAAAUCAAGAUAGACCUUUUAUUCUUGGAGGAACCAAAGUGCAAGAUGGCUCUGGUAAAAUGCUAGUUACAUCAGUUGGUAUGAGGACUGAGUGGGGACAGCUAAUGGUUACUCUGAGUGAGGGAGGAGACAAUGAGACACCACUACAGGUGAAACUCAAUGGCGUUGCAACCAUUAUUGGAAAAAUUGGUUUGGCAUUUGCAGCUCUUACAUUUGUUGUUCUGACUACGAGGUACUUAGUUAACAAGGGAAUACACCAUGACAUGACGAACUGGUCUAUGAAUGAUGCAUCAGCACUUUUGAAUUAUUUCUCUACUGCAGUUAUCAUAAUAGUUGUUGCUGUUCCUGAGGGGCUUCCUCUAGCAGUGACACUGAGUCUUGCCUUUGCAAUGAAAAAACUAAUGGGUGAUAAGGCACUUGUGAGGCAUCUUUCAGCAUGCGAGACCAUGGGAUCCGCUAAUUGUAUUUGCACAGAUAAGACGGGAACCUUGACAACAAAUCAUAUGGUGGUGAAUAAGAUAUGGAUCUGUGACGAAGCCAAGAGUGCUCAGGACAAAGAUGUAUUGAAGUCAGUGUCUGAAAAAGUUUAUAACCUCCUCUUGCAGUCUAUCUUUCUGAAUACAACCUCAGAGGUAGUAAAAGGGGAAGAUGGGAAAAAUAGUAUUAUAGGUACUCCAACAGAGAUGGCAAUAGUAGAAUUUGGCAUGCUUCUGGGAGGUGAUUUUAAAUCUUUCAGUGAGAAGUAUAAGAUAGAUAUGGUGGAACCAUUCAAUUCAAUAAAAAAAAAGAUGUCAGUGCAAGUGGCUCUUCCUGGUAGUGAUAUGUCUCGAGCAUUCUGCAAAGGCGCAUCAGAAAUAGUUUUAGGAAUGUGUGACAAGGUUGUCAAUACUGAUGGUGAAGCUUUGCCUUUGUCUGAAGAGCAAAGAAACAAAAUAUCUGAUGUCAUAAAUGGUUUUGCUUGUGAAGCUUUAAGAACUCUAUGCGUAGCUUUCAAGGAUAUAGAGAGCCCCUCUGGUGCGGAAAGUAUUCCUGAAGAUGGAUAUAUAUUAAUAGCUGUUGUGGGAAUUAAGGAUCCUGUGCGCCCUGCCGUGAGGGAAGCAGUGAAGACUUGUUUAGAUGCUGGGAUCACUGUGCGGAUGGUCACUGGUGAUAAUAUCAAUACAGCUAAAGCCAUAGCUAAAGAGUGUGGCAUUUUGACAGAAGAUGGUUUAGCUAUAGAAGGGCCAGAUUUCCGAAAAAUGAACGAACAAGAGAUGGCAGAAAUUAUCCCAAAACUGCAGGUGAUGGCACGAUCCUUGCCUUUGGACAAGCACACUUUAGUGAAGCAGUUGAGGAAUGUGCAUAAAGAUGUAGUGGCAGUAACUGGUGAUGGGACUAAUGAUGCUCCUGCUUUGCAUGAGGCAGACAUUGGCCUCGCUAUGGGUAUAGCUGGUACAGAGGUUGCGAAAGAAAAUGCUGAUGUUAUCAUAAUGGAUGAUAACUUUACAAGUAUAGUGAAUGUUGCAAGAUGGGGCCGUGCAGUUUAUAUCAACAUCCAAAAGUUUGUUCAGUUCCAGUUAACGGUUAACAUUGUCGCUCUGAUGCUCAAUUUUGUAUCAGCAUGCGUCUCAGGAUCGGCUCCUCUCACUGCUGUUCAAAUGCUUUGGGUAAACUUGAUCAUGGAUACUCUUGGUGCUUUGGCACUGGCUACAGAGCCACCACAUGAUGGCCUUAUGAGAAGACCUCCAGUUGGAAGGAAUACUAAUUUCAUCACUGGGAUCAUGUGGAGGAAUAUCAUUGGUCAGAGUAUCUAUCAAAUUACUGUCCUUCUGGUUCUUAAUUUCUGUGGUAUGCGUCUUCUAACUAUCACCGGUCCGAAAGCAAGUUCUACUCUCAAGACCUUCAUAUUCAACAGUUUUGUAUUUUGCCAGGUAUUCAAUGAGAUAAACAGCCGUGAUAUGGAGAAAAUCAAUGUGUUCGGAGGGAUGUUUCAAAGUUAUACUUUCAUGGUAGUCAUGAUCUGCACAGUAGUGUUCCAAAUCCUAAUAAUUGAAUUUUUGGGCACUUUUGCUCAAACAGUUCCACUGAGCUGGGAGUUGUGGUUAGCAAGCGUCUUGAUUGGAGCCGUAAGUUUACUGGUCGCCGUUGUCUUGAAGUGCAUUCCUGUCUUAAUAAGGAAACAAGAUGCUAAGGAUCACGACGAUAUCCACGAACCUCUCCUCCGUGGCCCUGAGCUGGCAUGA